AUGCAAUGCACAACACAUCCGCCAUUUGAUUUGACGUUUUUGAUCACAUCAUCAGUGGGAAUUCCUGCUACACAGGCUGUCAACCAGAUCCAUUUAACCAUGAGACUGCCACUCCAAUCCCCAGUCUCUGGACUGGCUUCCCAUCACCCGUUGCAAAGGCUGCGCUUCGAGCUUUCCAAAUAUUAUUUGCUGCACAGCCAUCAUCAUCACCCAGAUACGUACGCUUAG